AUGACGCGGUCAGAGAGGACGAUCCGCGGCUGCGGCCUAUGUACCCGAGGGACAUGGGGCCCUCCCGCAAGCGUCUCGCCGGCUUCCAUAGGCCCAGUAGUCUGGCGGCCGCCCCAGAUACAGCGAGAGAGGGCCAUCCCCGCCUGCGGAUGCGGCACAUGCCCUUCGCCAUCGGCCAAGCCGAGCGAGACGCUUGGAUGGAACACAUGA